UCUGGGCAUUCAGUGCAGUGCAAUUAAGAACCCGGAUUGUCAACUGCGGCGCAUCUUGGAGCUCACGAUGUCUUUUAGCCUUCGUUAAUACUGUAUUUGGUUCAUGGAGUGUAUCUGGCCUGGUCUAUACGGAAAACUCGGUAUAUCGCAUGUCAGCUGUGAGAUCCUUCAGUUUUACAGAUCAAUCAUUAAAGACGCAGAAGAGAUGAAAAGAAAGGAUGCCGAACCACAUCGCAAGGACUUCUUGCAAAUAUUGAUGAAUCUCCGAGAUUCCGAACAACAAAGCGAGAGAAAAACGGAAAAAACGAUGUCAGAAGACCCAGCUACAGCAACUCAAGGUCCAGUCCUGACGGAGAAUAUCAUGGUGGGCAUCAUCAGCUCUUUUCUUUCUGUAGGCUAUGAGACAAUGGCGUCUGUUUUGGCUAUCUGUCUCUACGAAGUAGCCCUCCACCAGGAAGUUCAACAACGGCUCUUCCAGGAGAUUUCCCAAGUCCGUAAAGAAGCUGGUGGCGAGAUCACCUUCGAGGACACUAAGAAACUCCAGUUUAUGGAACAAGUUAUGAGUGAGACACUAAGGAAGUACCCGGUUGCAACGACUAUCGGUAGGUGCUGCACGGAGCCGUUUCAGAUGCCGGAUUCUCCCGUGGUCGUCGAGAAGGGUAUUCUAUGCUUCUUUCCGACCCUGAGUCUCCAUCACGACCCCAAGUAUUUUCCUGAGCCAGAGAAAUUCGACCCGGACCGCUUCGCGCCCGAAAAUCUGGACAAGAUCGUCCCCGGCUCCUACCUCCCCUUCGGCGAUGGGCCCAGGUCUUGCAUCGCAUCCCGAAUGGUCUUAAUGGUCUUCAAAACUGUGUUAAUAACCAUGAUCUCUAAUUAUACGAUUCAUUCGUCUCCAAAAACCCCAAAGAAAUUGGAAUUUGACGGUGCGCGCUUCCUGCUUACACCAAAAGGGAACUUAUGGUUGCGCAUCCGGAAAAGAAAAUGAACUCUCAUCAUGAGUAUGUAUAUUCCACAAGUGGUUAUGUAUGUGUAAGUCGCUAUUACGGCGCUCUAGGGCGCUCUGCGACGCCUACCCGCCACAGGAAUCUGUCAUGGUUGAGAUCCUCCAUAAAUGGUUCAUAAAUUCCAUAAGUGGUUUUACUAGGAAUAAAAGACCCUCCUAAAUUAAGGAAUAUUACUUCAAUUUUAUUGGUGGAGAAUCUAUGGUUCAGUUUCUUUGACCGAAUGACCAAAAUAAUUGUUGAAAAUUUUAAAGUCUAUGCAUGCGUUUAAUAUGUAAAAAGCUGUAAAUCAUCUUACUAAUGAUUAGAAUCCUAUAGAUUAAUCAAUCUGGAUUUUC